UCUGCAGCAUUGUCCAUAAGAAAACAUGGGGAGGGGGUAAUGCUAUUUAUCUUCCUGACUAUUUAAAUGAAGUGGUGCAACAGCAUGGAGGACAGACCCCCCCCACCCAUCGCUGCUAAACAGUCUGACAUUGCAACUGAAGCACAAAAGCAGCUGGAGAGGCUCGCCGUGGCGUGACUGGCGGCUGCAGAUCAUGUGGGCGUGUCCCUGCCGCUCUCCUGUGAUGACACGUGGACGAUCAGUCAAUGGAUGAUGUGCGUUCAGACGCGCAUCCAACAGUGAACUUUGGAGCUGUCCGUGGUGCUGAAUCUCCAUCUUUUCCCACGACCCGCCUCCACCUGCGCUCCCCGAUGAUCGAUGCUCCGAACAGCGACGGGAGUCCGCAGUUCCAGCCGCCUGUUGGAGCCGGACUCUAGACUGUCUGCUGUCGAGAGAUCAUGGACGGAGGACGGAUGCGAUUCAGGGAUGAUUAGAAACUUGGCGCUGCAGAAAUGUUUCUGAAGACGUCGUUUGGUGCUGGAACCAGAUUCAGCCAGUAACCAAUUUGCAUCUAAGGAGGAAAAGAAUGAAGUUCUCCUAUUUAGUUUCCCUGCACGGAUAAGAUCAUUUUAUUCAUUUUUAUUUUUUAAGAAGAAGAUCUAUUUAUCCUCCAAACCAUGGCUGGCUCGAUUGUUCUGGUCAACUCCGUGGUCCUGUUGCUUUUUGGCAGCGGUAUGUUCUUGGUAGGAGCAAAAUGUGUCAGUCAUGCACCUGAGAGCCGACUCUGUUACCGUGUCCUGGGAGGUUCCAGAGGGGGACAUCAUUAUUGGCUUCUCCAUUUCCCAACAGAGGCAGGACGGACACAUGCAGCGAUUCAUUCGGGAGGUCAACACCACCAGUCGCUCCUGUGUUCUCUGGGACCUGGAGGAAGAGACAGAUUACAUCAUCCAGGUCCAGUCCAUCGGUCUUUAUGGGGAAAGUCAAGCCAGCAAGAAAGUGCAUUUUCGCACUCUCAAGAAGACAGACCGUUUCCCCUCCAACAGUUCCAACCAAGAUGACCCCACAGUGCAAGGCCUGGACAAGUCUCGACAUCUGCAGACCGGAGAAAUGAUCAUCAUCGUGGUGGUCCUCCUCAUGUGGGCAGCGGUUAUUGCCCUGUUCUGCCGGCAGUAUGAUAUCAUAAAGGAUAAUGACUCCAGCAACAAUAAAGAGAAAGUCAAACCCUCUUCGGAGAGGAGCACGCCGGAGCAUCACAGCGGAGGUCUGCUGAGGAGCAAGUUUCAUCCAUCUGUGCCAUCAAUCAACAUCAUAGAGGUUUGAGAACACGAAGCUUAAUGGGAACUUCUCCAUCUUUAACCGUUGAUACCACUCACAACUCUGAUCGUUGAUCCAGAAGAAGGAAAAAGAAAUCUGUUUGGGGAUUAAAGAAAAAAAAACUGUGAGAAAAACGUAUCAAUUACUCGAAGUAUCAUCAAGCCUAUACAGUGACACAAUCUCACAUGAUUGACUCUUUCAUUCCAGCUGGUUGAGUUGUGAUAAUUAAUCAGUCAACACAGAAAAUUACUGCUUCAAUUCACAGUGAACCCUGCCCAGGAGGACAAACUCCAAACCAGGACACAACUCCAAAAUGCCAAAAAUCAAAGGAUUAAAUCAAGUGCUAGAGAGACUGCUAAUCUUGUGUCAUAAAUGAUGUUAGCCCAUGGUACACUUCAACACUGAUGUCUUUGCCAGGUGCUUGGUGUAUUAUCGCAAUACGACACAAUAUAACUUAUCAUCUCUGGGACGCCUGUUGUGACUUUAAAAAAAAGAAAAAAAAGCUGUGUAUUUUUAUAUAAUGGCAUGUGCUGUUAGAUUCAAAUUCACUUGUUUUAGAGGAGUACAGUGUUUAUUUACUGCUUGUUCAGUAUUAUUGUCUUAUUGACUGCAGAGAGACGUUUGUUUAUGAGGAGAGUAACUAAAAUGUCUGAAAAAAACAUCUGUAAAAACUAUAUUUACCAUGGUUUUUCCAAUGCUACAUUUUCUGUAGAAUUGUUUCUUUCAUAUAUAUAAAUAACAUUUGAAUCAUUUCUUAAACAAAGCUGCAUGCAGAGUUUUUGCGUGUAGGAUAGUAUUUGUUGUUCCUUGUACAUUUAAGCCCAACACCGGAUAAAUAAACUAACAGAAUACAGAAGUACAUUUAGUUGAUCAUCUUUUUAAAAACUGCAUUUUGUUCUCUUUGUUGUCAUUUUAGAGCAAAUGCAUGGUACAAUUAACUAGUAAAUGUUCCAUAAAAGUAAAAAAGGUUUUUAAAAGAUUAUUUGAGUGGAAGGGUUUAACUUUAAAAUGCUAAUUCACACGUGAAAUGUUCAACACAGCGAUACAUUUUGUUCGGAUUGCUUUCACACUGCACUCUUAGGAGUGGACAAGAGUACCUAGAAACAUUACACAGUUUAAAAAGCUGUUAAUUUGGGGGCAGUAUAGUGAGGACCAAGCAUGACCUCUUUCAGGUCACUCUUUGAUUUUGGGUUAUACUUUGGUUUUUCUGUCCUCUUGUAAGGUCACCUGAAUUCACACUUCACUGAAACACCCCAGAGUUCACUUGCAAGCGAACUAAGAUCCUCAUUUUCAAGCAGGGUUAAGAACUCUGUAGCUUUUCCUGGCAAACAUUAUUUAACUAUUACUACAUGUUUUCACUAAAAAAUAAAAAAAAUACUUUUAAAGGUGACCACUACAGGUGAGCAGGAGUCAAAUGACUCCACAUUAACUGCAGUAUUAAUCCUUGAUAAGCCAACAGUAAUGAGACGUAACUGUCUGCUGCAAAAGUUCAGGAGGCAAAUUAAAUCAGGUGUUUCUCUUCAACCUUUAUGCUGAAAUGUCCCCAAUAAAAAUCUUAAUUACAGAGAUGUGUCUGAGAAUAUAACUCAUCCAGAAUUGAAUGUAAUUAGAGGGCUCUACAAGCAUUUUUCCCUGUUUAUGGUCUCUGUGUCACAGAAGCCCUGUUAUUACUUGUUCGAGUGAUUUAUAGUCAGGUUAAGGUCAUGAAAAUAGAAAAUUAGAUUCUGGGAUUUAAAAAAAGGAACAUCAAUAAAUAUAAUUGUUUGGUAUUUUGAAUCGAAGCUGAAAAUGUCCAGAUUUUUCCUUUUUUUUACUUAGCAAUGAAACGACUGAAAACAUGAAAAUGUAUUAUGCUUUCAAUUUAAAUUCAUUAAGUUGCAAAACACACCAUAAAAUGCAAAUUUGACAUGCAAAUACAUAGAAUUUCUUAUGCCCCACUGGUUUUAAAUCUCUUUGAGCAGCCAGUCAGUUAGACAUUUAAAAGAAGAAAUUUUAGUUGCUAUUUACAACAAUGAAGAAAAAUAAUAUCAUAUUUAUAUCAUGUUAUGUAUCCUUUUUUAACUAAUAAACAGAGGAAUGAGAUUAAGCAUCGUUUUUGGGAGUUUCUGCUCAUAUAGGUCUCUGCUGCAGACAGCAAAUUAGUAAAUUACAAAAGAAAACAGCAGAGGUACUUAACUGGGGUUUUAAUUACUCUUAUUUUGAAAAAAUAAAUAAAUAAAUUAAACAGCCAAAAAAAAAAAAA